AUGGGUUCUAAGCACCAAUCCACCGUGCCGACCGUUGGGCCGCCCAAAGGCCUCUUCCUCGCGCUUCUCGCGUUCAGGUUACUCAACAGUGUGGCAGUGCAGACCUAUUUUAACCCGGACGAGUUCUGGCAGGGACCCGAGGUGGCACACCGGAUGGUGUUCGGGUGCAGGUGCAGGUGCAGUGCAGCCCAUGCUGCCAAGGCAGCACUGGCGGAUCUGCGUCUCUAUACCCUCACUCACAGGCUCUUCCCCUCGCACCCCUCUGCUGCUGCUUGGGCGGAUCUGCGUCUCUAUGUGCUCACUCACAUGCUCUUUCCCUCCCACCCCUCGGCUGCUGCAUGGGCGGCCACCAUCACAGCACUGGCGGAUCUGCGUCUCUAUUUACCUACUCAAAGACUCUUCCCCUCGCAUCCCUCCGCUGCUGCUUGGGCGGUGAGUGGGGGUUUUGAGAUGUCUCAUCAUAACGCCACUCCUCGUGGUGCAACCCAGGGCGCCAUAGCAGCACUGACAGAACUUCAUCAUUAUACGCUCACUCACAAGCUGUUUCCCCGCACGCACCCCUCUGCCUCUGCAUGCGCGCUCGCCUGCAAUCUCACCUGCUGGUUCCUCUCCUUCUGCGCCACCCGCACCUUCUCCAUCCAAUGCUCUCUGUUCCCCUCAUAUACCUCUCUCCCCCCCCCCCCCCCAGCUCGCCUGCAAUCUCACCUGCUGGUUCCUCCUCUUCUGAUCCACAUGCACCUUCAAGUGAUGCUCUCUGUUCCCCACAUGCACCUUCAAGUGAUGCUCUCUGUUCCCCACAUGCACCUUCAAGUGAUGCUCUCUGUUCCCCACAUGCACCUUCAAGUGAUGCUCUCUGUUCCCCACAUGCACCUUCAAGUGAUGCUCUCUGUUCCCCACAUGCACCUUCAAGUGAUGCUCUCUGUUCCCCACAUGCACCUUCAAGUGAUGCUCUCUGUUCCCCACAUGCACCUUCAAGUGAUGCUCUCUGUUCCCCACAUGCACCUUCAAGUGAUGCUCUCUGUUCCCCACAUGCACCUUCAAGUGAUGCUCUCUGUUCCCCACAUGCACCUUCAAGUGAUGCUCUCUAUUCCCCACAUGCACCUUCAAGUGAUGCUCUCUGUUCCCCACAUGCACCUUCAAGUGAUGCUCUCUGUUCCCCACAUGCACCCCUCUGUCCCCCUCCCCUGCUCACCUCUCCACUGCUCCCCUUCUCAGCUCCUCUGCAAUCUCACGUGCUGGUUCCUCUUCUUCUGCGCCACUCGCACCUUCUCCAACUCCCUUGAGGCAUCCCUCGCUCUCGCCUGCAAUCUCACGUGCUGGUUCCUCCUCUUCUGCGCCACACGCACCUUCUCCAACUCCCUCGAGGCCUCUCUCGCUGUCAUCGCCCUCUCCUACUGGCCCUGGCGCCACUGCCAAGGGGGCACUGAGGGCGGGCAGGGGGCGACUGAAGCCAGGCAGGGGCGCAGUGGGGGCGAGCAGGACAAGGGUGAGGGCGGAGGGAAAGCUGCUGAGCAGGGCAGAGGAGGCGGAUGCUCUGUGACUGAAUUCGUCAGUCACUCUUUUGGAGGCAACCGUCCCUUAGCCCUCGCCGUGGCAGCAGCAGCGUGCAUGGUUCGCCCCACCAGCACGCCCUUCUGGCUGCCCCUGGGCCUGCACGAGCUCUCGCUGCUGCUGCUGGAGGGGGCGCUGAAGGGAGGGAGGGACAGCAGCGGCGGAUGGGAGUGGGUGCGGCUGCUGCUGCUGGAAUCAUGUGUGUGCAUGGUUCGGUUUGCCCCACCUGCACGCCCUCCUGGUUGCCCCACCUGCACGCCCUCCUGGUUGCCCCACCUGCACGCCCUUCUGGUUGCCCCACCUGCACGCCCUCCUGGUUGCCCCACCUGCACGCCUUUCUGGUUGCCCCUCUGUGGCUUCACGACCCCUCUCUUCGCUGCUGGUGGAAGGGGUGCUGAACAGCAGCGGGGCAGAUGGGAGUGGGUGCAGCUGCUGGGGCUAGAAGUGCUGCCAGUAGGCCUGACAGCUGUCGCGAUCACAGUGGCUGUGGACAGCUGGCAGUACGGCCGGCCAAUGGUGUUCACCCCUCUGAAUCUCCUCCACUUCAACGUGCAUCUCAAGGGGUCCAGUCUCUACGGCAGCAACCCCUGGCACUGGUACUGGUCGCAGGGCUUCAUAGCCAUGCGUGGAACCUUCUUCCCCCUCACAUACAUUCACCCUCACUCCCCCUUACGAUUCUCGUCCCACCAUUCCACACCCUUCUACACCCUUCUGCACGCCGCCUCAUCCCCCCAGGGCCUCAUAGCCAUGCACGGCACCUUCUUCCCCCUCGCCUGCAUUCAGUUCAGCCUCGCCCCCCUCACUCAGGAUUCGCACAGCACCCUUCUGUACCCCUCUGCACCUCUCCCCCCACGUCCCCCCCAGGGCCUCAUAGCCAUGCACGGCACCUUCUUCCCCCUCGCCUGCCUCGGCCUCCUCUGGUGCUCCUCCCGCCCUUCCUCCCCCUCCCACACCCCACCUCGUAAUAAUCACACAACCGUGUCCCAGCAUCAUCAUCUGCUGCAGCGCCUGCAUGAGGGGCUGGUGUGGUGGUCGGUGCGCCUGCCCUUCCUGCUGUCGCUCUGGUUGCCUCUCUUCUACUCCCUCUCCGAUCACAAGGAGCACCGGUGA